ACCCAACUUAUCCCUUCUCUUCUGGCCUUAAUUUCUAGCUUUGUUUUGUAAUACCCAGUGUAGCCAUGGCCUGCAACAAGAAGCCGUUUCAAAUGACUGACGAUGAGAUCAAGAAAGAAAUUAGUGUUCCCGGAAUUCAUACUGCCGAAAAGUUUGAUGUUGCCUCUCUUUUUGCUAUCGUCACAAACAUUCUUAAACCUGCUACCAUUGCUGCUGACAAUGUUUUUCGGGGUACUAAACAGCAACACAUGGAGAUCAAGGGUGAAAGAGUCAUCGCAACAAGCUUCAUUCCACCAUUAUGUACACUCAAGGAACUUUCCUAUGAGAUGGUAUGCAAGGAUCCGAGUGAGGAAACUGCUUACAAAACAACAAAGUCAAUACUAGAAAAACUCAAAGAUUAUUCAUGGCAUGUGAAGGCAGUGUUGACACUUGCGGCUUUUACUUUGGACUAUGGAGACUUCUGUAGACACCUAGAUCAGUUUCACUCAUCAGACCAACUCACCAAGUCAAUGGGGAUCUUGAAAGGUAUACCUGCUCUCCUAACGCGGCCAAGCAUUGAUCAUAACCAUGAGGGCGCGAUUGUUGAAGUUAACAAACUGAUCAAGGACACAUUGAAUGUCAUUGAUUGCAUUGUUACGUUGGAGGAACGAUCUGUUAAGUAUAAUCCAAAGGAUGUACCAGCACUCUCAAUAGCCACGGACAAUAUCUCAGUAUACGUUUUUUGGGCUAUCAUAACUGUUGUAGUUUGCACGACUCGGAUGUGUUGUCUCAUUAAAGAUGAGCGCAAGACACAGGAACUUUCGCGAUUUGCGGAGAAAAUUAACGUCACCCAUGUCAAACUAAAAUUGCAGAUACAACUUUGCAACGAAGAAAUAGAGAAAAUAGAGGCUUAUUGGAAGCUCAUAAGAUUCUUAAAAGAGCCGCUUGACAUCGUCGAGGUCUUGAAGGUUCUAUUUUUUGCCAACGACAGCAGGCAACAAGUGAAAGUUUUUCCGAACGAAUUGAUCCUCGAAGCGGUGAAAACAAAGAAGGUGUUGUUGUUCUUUUCGGGCUUGGACGUGGACAACAUCACAGAAUAUGUCUCGAUUCUCAACCCCAUUUAUGAAAAAGUUACAAGCAACAACGAGUAUAAGAUUGUUUGGAUCCCAAUUGUGGAGCAGUGGACCAUUGAAAUGCAAAAGAAGUUUGAGUUGCUGCGGUCUAAGAUGUCAUGGUUCGUAGUGCAAAACUUUUCGUCAAUAUCAGCUAUCAAGUACGUUAAGGAGCAGUGGCACUACAAGAAUGAGCCUAUCAUCGUGGCGUUGAACUCACAAGGGACCGUGGAACACUAUAAUGCAGUCCACAUGAUUAAGAUAUGGGGACCAAGCGCCUUCCCUUUCACUCAUCGGAGAGACGAAGAACUGCGCAAAAGGGAAGAUUGGUUUGGAUCCUUAAUGAUUGAAUUCAGUACUGACAUAUCAACUUGGAUCAAAGAGGAGAAGCACAUUUUCUUUUAUGGAGGCAAGGAUUCCACAUGGAUCAAAGAAUUUUGCAAGGAAGCAACAGGCUUGGCUAAUGAUGAUGUAAAGGGUGCAAGAAUUUCAUUGUUCAAUGUGGGAAAGGACAGUGGCAUCCAACGGCGUUUCUGGAAGCUCAUUGACAACUUUUUCUUAUACAAGUCUCACAUGGUUACCGACGUGGACACAGUGACAAAGGAAAUCCAAAAGUUGCUUUCUUACAAGAAUGAGAAAGGAUGGGUUGUGCUGUGCAAAGGGGCUAGAUUGGUGUUCAGUGGUUAUGGUUCAACUGUUCUGACAGUCUUGAAGAAUUUUGAUGAAUGGAAGCAGUGUUUGAAAGAAAGUGCAUUUUCUUUUGAAGCAUGUCUCGAGAAAUACUAUAACGAACAACUUCGUAAGGAUGGUUUGCCUUGCCGAGACUUUGACAUCCCAAAAAUUGAUGGAUUAUUGAUCCCAGAUUGUAGAAAAUGCCCUGACUGCUCCGAGAUCAUGGAGAUGUCUAUCAGGUUUAAGUGCUGCCACCAGAAUCAACGAGGUUUCAACUUAAAUUGCUGCCACAAUAAUGGUCAUGCUACCAAGGUACAGCUCAAGGAGAAAGUAUCUCCUGUAUCGCUCGUAUGCGGCAUGACUGUCACAGCAGCAUGUGAGUCUCAUUGCCAAAAUAAAUGCUGAUUCAUAAGACAAGUUUUGUUGCACUAUUUCUACUAAAUAAUUUUGUUUGUGAGUUUGUCUACGUUUGUUAUCAGUGCUAAAGUUUAAGUAUGUAAUGUGGUACAAUAAAGCUAGGGCAUCUUGAUUACAUUGGUGAUUUAAUUAUUUUACGGUGGAUGGUCCAACUUGAUCUUUUGUUCUGGUGGUCUGAUUUAAUAAUGCAAAAUAGA